GGGGUGAGGAUAAUCAGACAGCCAAUUAUCAUCUCUCUAGCUAACUUUCAGGGCAUUAAAACUGCAGGGAGAAAUUGUAUGUUCAGCAUUUUUAAUCAUUUUCCUACUUUUUAUAAGCUUUAAGUUAAGAAAUGAAAACUUUUUGAUUUGGGAUGUGUCCUUUUCUUAAAAGCAAAAUUUCUUUUGCACGAGGGCUCAAGAAAUGCAAGGACCUUCUCCAGAUUGGUGUUUUUCUGCAGCAUCAUUGGCCCAAAAAAUAGUGUAUUAGUGGUGGAUUUAUACUGGACCAUCCACACCUUCUGUUUUUUUAGUUGUUCUGUGUUGCUUCCCCGGUAUUACUGCAAGGGUGUCCCUCCAGAUGGCAAUAAAGGUAAAGGUACCCCUGACCAUUAGGUCCAGUUGCGGACGACUCUGGUGUUGCGGUGCUCAUCUCUCUUUACUGGCCGAGGGAGCCAGUGUUUGUCCGCAGACAGCUUCCAGGUCAUGUGGCGCACUGGCAAACCAGAGCAGCACACGGAAAUGCCAUUUACCUUCCCGCCAGAGCGGUACCUAUUUAACUACUUGCACUUUGACGUGCUUUCGAACUGCUAGGUUGGCAGGAGCUGGGACCGAAAAACGGGAACUCACCCCAUCAGGAUUCAAACCGCCAACCUUUUGAUCGGCAAGCCCAAGGCUCAGUGGUUUAGACCACAGCGCCACCCAUGUGGCAAUAGAGUACUAUGAAUAUCAGGAUAACACCCCACCGUAAAUGCAUGGUAUGAAAAGUUACAGGGCAUGUUCUGACUGGAAGCAAAACUGUAUGUCUGUCCUCUCCAAAACUUUCACAAGCACAAGCAGUGUUGAAAGCGGGAUCUUGUCUAGCCCUACCAAUGAGCAGAAAUCACCAUGAAUACAGAAUAAAAAGAAUGUCUGGAGUGCCCCCAUUUCAAUGUGAAGCAUAAUUCAGUUCUCUUUCAUGCCUUGCAGUUCCUGUCCAAGCCUGAAGCAGAUGAUGACAACACCAGUGACGGGACGUUCAACUUCCUGGCCAUAGAAAGAGGUCAGAGGAAGGGGCUGUUAGGAUCUCCUACUCUCGAGUAGGACCCUGGCAGAGACACAUGCCUGACUGGCAUGUUCCCUACCUCCUGAUCGAUCGUUCGGGAGCUUCAAAAACUUUCUCCAGCCUGAACAUCACAGCAACUGAUGUCAACUGACAUCACACUCAGAGAUCCGCAGAGUGUUCGCAAUUGCGUAACAGACCUCAGCAACUCAGCAUUUGGCUAAUCUUUGGCUAAUCUGCUUUCUUAAAUAUAAACACAUAUGGAGCACUGCAUCAUGGCUCCCUUUCUCUUUAGCACCAGACAGCAAAGAGAAAGAACAAAGGACAAUAGUCCCACUUCAGGAAACACAGUAACACAAACAUCCGGUCUUCGUCAUAUAUCAUCAUGUGAUAGACAACAAUCCCAUGACAGCAGACAUGGGGAAUGAAUCUUCAACAGGGGCUGGGCUGAGAAGUGGAGCGGGUAGAAGGGACUGGGUGGGUGAUGCCUUUCUGGGGACUGAGGGUGUCUGAAUAAACAACUACAGUAUCUGACAUUUAGAAGACACCUGAAGGCAGCCCUGUUUAGGGAAGUUUUUAAUGACUGAUGUUUUAAUGUAUUUUUAAUCUUUUGUUGGAAGCUGCCCCGAGUGGCUGGGGAAACCCAGCCAGAUAUAAUAAUAACAAUAACAACAGCAGCAGCAGCAGCAGCAGCAGCAGCAGCAUUCUGUUCUCACAAUGGUCAACCAGAUGCCCCAAAGGGAAACCAGCAAGCAGGAUCCGAGCACAAGAACGCUCUCCUCCCACGCAACUGGUAUUCAGAAGCAUUACUGUGGAGGCAGGGCAGAGCCACCGUGUCUAGUAGUCCAUGAAUUCACCCAAUCCUCUUUGAAAGCCACCCAAGUUGGUGACCAUCACUGUGUCCUGUAGGAGGGAGUUCCAUAGUGUACCUGUGCGUUGUUCUUUUUUCUGUCCUGAAUCUUCCAGCGUUCACCUUCAUUGGAUGUUUAUGAGUUCUAGCAUCUCUCCACUUUCUUCAUUACAUGCAUAAUUUUGUGUCCUCCUCUCAUGUCACCUCUUGCUCACCUUUUCUCUGAACUUAAAAGUCCAAAUUCUGCAACCUGUCCUCAAAGAGGAGUCGCUUCACCCCUUGAACAUUUUCAUCACCAUUUUCUGAACCUUUUGAACUCUAAAUCUCCUUUUUGAGAAGAGCUGACCAGAACUGUGCACUGGACUUCAAGUUGUAAAAUGACAUUAUGAUACCAGCAAUUUUAUUUUCAAUUCCUUUUCUUAUGGUCCUUGGCAUGGAAAUUUCCUUUUUCACAGCUGCUGCACACUGGGUCAACUUCUUCGCUGAGCUAUCCAGUACAACCCUAAGGUCUUGUGAUUUUUAUGGGAUGAUUGUCAUGUUUUUAAGCUGGCAAGGCAAAGAGUCUAGAUGUUUUUUCACCUGACCCUGGAAAAGGGAGGCUGGGCCAGUGGGGGUUGAAGAAAGCUGUGGCACAGUGAGAGACAGAUAGGCUUAGAACAUAAUGCUUUAAGCAUGUCUGUGCCACUUUCCAGAUUAAAUAUCUGAGUCCAAGGCUCUUCAACAAAGAGGAGGGAGCGCUUAAUUUGUUUUAUAGCAGUGCACGGACAAAGGCAGCCUGGUUAGCAUCCGUCUGUCUCGAGAGACAAAGGCGUGUGCUGGUGGGGUGUAUGUGAAAUCAAACUGCUGCAUUAGCGGCACCAAAAUGGCCUGGCUAAUAUGGUCCAAAGUAAAGCAGAGCAAUACAUUUGGCACCAACUUGGCUGCAAGAGUCGCCGGAAGUUGUACAAGGUGCCACCCAACCCUCUUAGGGACUCCACUCCAGAUUUGUGUAGGGUUUAGUCCUUAGCCUUUACUUCCCCCCCAAAUAUCCCACAAGGCAGUAGAGGUUCAGGAUCAGAGUUUUUCUUCUCCUAGUUGGGUUCUCUUCCCAGGUGGAUGAGCCCCACCUGCCCCUCACUUUGCGCUCCAGCACAGGCAGAAACCGCCUUCUUGACUGGUGGACUCCCUGUUGUUCUCAUCUGCUCAAUCUGCUGGAGCCUCUCUUUGCAUGCAGGGGAUAGCCAGUCCCUAACUCACCUUCGGCUCCCCUCACCUGGUUUAGCCAGCCAGUGGGCGCCAUUCCCUGGGGUGUGGCUGCUGUCACCUGCUGGCAGCUUCUAAGAGCCACAGAUGAGAGCUGAAUACACGGAAGGGACCAAAGGGGCACAAACCAUGCCGGAAGGAGCACAAUGUGCCCCCACCAGAGGCACUGCCCCUCCCCAAGCACCCCAUACAUUUAAAACACUUAACAUCCCCAAAGAAUCCUGGGAAAUGUAGUUUGUUAGAGGUGCUGGGAAUUGUAGCGCUGGAGGGGUAGGCCACAGUUCCCAGGAUUUUUGAGGCGUGAUGUGCUUCAAAUGUAUAUGCAGCCUAAGGUUGCAAUCCGAACCCCACUUUUCUGUGAGUAAGCUCCAUUGAAUUCAGUUGGGCUUACUUCUGAGUAGGCAUGGUUAAGCUUGUGCUGUCAGCUUUCUCCGGGACAUUCUCUGGUUAAAUGUCACAAUGAAGUUACAAGGUAGCCUAGCUGCAUUCAGACUCAACCCAGAAUCUGUAAUAUGGCUAUGAUAUCAUGGCUCUACUUAACAGGGUUGUUGAACAGAGGCGAACAGUUUACUGCAAAGUGCUAUGAAAUAAAUAUUCUUCUUAACCUGUGAGGUGGUGGUCCUUGCCUAGAAGCCCUUCCUCAAAUCCUACAUGUUGGCUUGGUGCGUGGAAAGCACUUUGUUCAUGCUCAGAAGUAAUGCAGAUCCCUUCUUUGCAGCUCUACAAAAAGGGAUGAUGAAGCAGUCUGUGCCGCCGCCUCUUCCCCUCUCAGCCCGACGGGUGUCUCUGCCAGUCCGGGGUGCCUCUGGGUCCCAAGCGAAAGCUGCCGCCAGCAGAGAUCCUUUACCAGCCCUGAAAGAUGACGAGGAGGAGAUCCAGGAGGAAUCGAUCUACGUGGAAUGUGAGCCCAGACCAGCCUACAUGCCCCGCAAAGUGCCUCCUGUCCAGCCUCUGAAGCAAGCCAGGCCAGCAAUCACUCCAUCAGGACCCCAGAAGGCCUUUGCAGAAAACCUGUGCAAAGGCGUGUGUCUGAAGAGUGGAUCCGUGCCAGAGGAUUUUUGCAUGCAAAACAAGGCCUGGUAUGCAGGUAGCUGUGACCGACAUACAGCUGAGGCUGCCCUCCUCCGGUUUAAUAAGGACAGUGCCUACCUGGUGAGGCAGAGCUCACGACACGGCUGGAACCAGCCAUUCACUUUGGCUGUGCUUUUCAAGAAGCACGUCUACAACAUCCCCAUCCGCUACAUAGAGAGCAGUCGUCAAUAUACGCUUGGCAAGGAUGGCAGGAGCCACGAAGAGCUCUUUGACAGCGUUUCCAGCAUCAUCCAAAGCUACACCGAGCGCCCCUUGGUGCUGGUGGAUGGCAGCACUUCUGCCAAGGAACAGACUUGCUUGCUGUUUCCAGUGAAGCCAUGACUUUGGGGCCUGGGGGGCAGGAGCAGCUGCAGGAGAAGAUGGGGGUGUCACCCCUGACCUCGGGCACGGAACGGCUUCAUUUGCCUGGCUGAACCGACACAAGGCCAAAGGAUCAGUGUGGCACCCUGGCAUUCUGCAAAAGGUUCUUGUGAAUCAUUCUUCAAUAUUCCUCAAUAGGUUUCUUCUGGCAAACAGCAGUGCAUCUGCAAAAAUAUUCCACUGGUACUGAUACGGCAAAGCAAGGGAACUUGUGGGCUGGUGGGAUGGAAGGGAGAGUUUAGCAGGCAUUCCCACCUAAGGCACCAGUCCUGUGGUUUGUUUGCUUCAUUUGUUCUCCCUUUUGUCUUGAGUUUGAGUGUCACAAAGCCCAUGACACCUUUGGUGAAGGCUGUUCUCCAACUGGAGCGCUUGCAGGCCAGUGUUUCCUAAUUGUUGGUGUUAAUACUAUAUUUUUUAAAAAUUGCCUUGAGACAGUCUUUAAACUUCUUUUGUUGACCCCCAGCAUUAUGCUUUCCAUUUUUAAGUUCGGAAUAGAGUAGUUGCUUUGGAAGCAUCUGCACAACAUGACCAGUCCAACGAAUCAUUGCUUCCACACUGGUGAUCUUUGCUUCUUUCAGUACACUGGCAUUAGUUCUCCUGUCUUCCCAAGUGAUGUGUAAAAAAUUUUGGAGACACCGUUGAUGGAAUCUUGCAAGGAGUUGGAGAUGGCGUUUAUAAGUGGUCCAUGUUUCACAAGCAUACUGUAAGGUUGGUAGUACAAUAGCUUUGUAAACAAGCAUUUUGGUUUCCCUGCGAAUGUCCCGGUCCUCAAACACUGCACUUCAAUCAGGAGAAAGCUGCACUCGCAGAGCUCAGGCGAUGCUGGAUUUCGGCAUUUUGUCUUUCUAACACCCAUUUGCUCUCUGGCAUGGGCCACUUCCUUUGUUAACUUAACGGCCCAUACUUAUGGGGCCAUUACCAAGAAAUUUGUCAGGCCAUUCCAGCAAAUUUGUUGUUGUUGUUUAGUCCUGUCCGACUCUUUGACUCUUUGUGACCCCAUGGACCAGAGCACGCCAGGCACUCCUGUCUUCCACUGCCUCCUGCAGUUUGGUCAAACUCCUGUUCGUAGCUUCGAGAACACUGUCCAGCCAUCUCGUCCCCUUCUCCUAGUAGUGCCCUCCAUCUUUCCCAACAUCAGCAAAUUAGUCCUUGUUGAAUCCAGGAAUUGGAAGGGACUCGGGCAUACAGCCUACCGUACUGAAACUACCGUACUUGUUGGAGCUACUUUGUCUUUUCCUAAAUUCGCAAGAACUGCCAAUAUCAGCUGACACAAAAAUCCACUCCUGGCAGGCUUUUGCCUUCAUUUUAGUAGCCUAAUUUAUCUGGGGAGAAAUGUAAGUUUCCUUUUGCUAUUGUUAAAACAUUGGGAGUCAUAAACCCUUUCUGAUCUACUGCCCUGAAAUCUGCCAGUAGAUCUCUGUCUCCCUUCUGCUCACCCCAAUUCUUGGUGUCCGUAUAUAGUAUUGAUAUACAGUUUUGUUUUAAAGUAUGUUAAAAUCUUUUACAUUGCAAAGCCCAGGCUUUUAUUUUGAAAACGUUAUUCCAAUUUCCCUGGCUGCUCAUCCUCAGAAGAAAAAUGAAUUAUGAUAACAGGUUAACUCAACUCAUCUGUUGCUGUAUUUUCUAAUAACUACAAGGAUUUUUUUUCUGCAUGACUUGCAAAUUACAGCCCAUCUUCGGUAGUAGAAAAGCAUCCUAUUCAGGGUCCUAUUCAGCACAAAGCAGCAUUGGGAGAAUGGCUCCCAGGAACAUGUAGAGAAUGCCCACGAGAACCAGCCAAAUCAGUACAAAACUAUAUAGCCUAAUUGCCUCAGAAUAUAUUGCUUUCUAGUUCACUUAUUUGUCAGUAGGGUGGGUUUGUUCCAUUUGUUGUUUUCUGUUUGACCUGUCAUGUGAACUCAAUAAAACAUUAUAAAGAGGAAGGUGGCCGGGUGCCCUCCUUUACAGAGGAUGGUCCUCUAUUUUAAGCCAUCCUGUAUUUGAAGGCCUGCCCAGUCCAAGUCCAGUUUAAAGAAAAGGAACGCUAAGAAGAGUGAGCGCUGUAGCUCCGCGGUGGAGCAACUGUCUUGCAUGCAGAAGGACAAUGCAAUUACCAAAGGUGCAGGAGUCCUGGUCUCUUCAGCAUCCAGCCAAACUACAUGCCUGUUUUGUGACAUUUUGAGGGGUCCUAAUAAAGGUUUGGCCCAUUGUGCAUUUGGGAGGGUUUUUUCUUUGCAGAGCUC